AUGUGGUCAGCGUAUACCAUUUUGAUAUGGGCAAUCGUAGUUUAUAUUGCCUGUCUUCUAUUGGUCAAUGCCAUUCCACGUGUGAAGGUAAGAGCUUUCCGAUGGAUGGCCAUCUGUGGUGUCUCUUUUAGACUCCCGAAUGCGAAGAUAUCCAUUGGAAGACUUGGCUUGAAGUUCAAUCCCUCAUGGUCUUUCGAUACGCCGUUCCGCUUUCUUGUGGUGGAUAUUGCUAAAGUGGUGAUUGUGCAGACUUCGUCCUCGGAUGACAAGAAAUCAGCCCAGAAGCCUUCCAAAAGCUGUGGCUCUUGCUCGGACCUAGAGUGCGUAUCUUUCAAAAUUCCCAAAUGGCUCUAUUCUAUAUUCUUUCGGAAAGGCUGGAUCAACGAAAUCGGUCUCCAUGUUUCCCAGAUCAGCUACAAUCACAAUGCAAUGGGCGAGCAAAAGUCAUUUUUUAUUGAUUACCUCAAAUUGGAGAACACUUUUCACCUGUCAAAAUCCACGAUUAGCUUCACAGUGUCGGCUCUUGAUGGAUAUUUGAGAGCAGGCACUGAUGGACCAGAAGUUCGACUCUUUCACAACUUGGAAAUCCAAGCAAGAAGUGCCCUCACUCUUGAUAAUAACAACAGUCGCUCUUUGCUUAUGAAAGUUUCCAAUUUCGAGUUUCUCUUAGCCUUUGGUAGCUUGAAGGUGCCGGAGUUGUCAUCUUUCAUAAAAACCAACAAAGCACACAAGGAUCCUGUUUCGGUCAAACCUCUACCAUCGAAAGAGGAAUUAUUAAUGAAAUUCACCAAGGCACUAAGCCUUGUGGAUUUGAUCUCUUCAGUUCUGAUUAAAGUUGAAGAAAGUACCAUCUCAUAUCACGAUGUUAAAGUCUUGUCCUCGAGCUAUUCGUUGAGUUUAACAAAAGAUAAAUCAUACAAACAAGAGACAAAGAUCAGACUCUACUCCAAUGUCACUUCUGCUAAAAUCUAUCACAUAGGGCUGAAAUGCCUUGAGAUCCCAUCGUUCUCUCACAUUUUAGAAGUGAAUCUAACGGAUGCAUAUCGUGCGAGAGACACAGAAAACUCGGAUAAAUUUUUUAUAGACGUAUCCACUACGUUCACUAUGAUGAAUCCAAUUUUGAAUAUAUUCUUUGACCAAUUCGAUCUCCUCUGGGAUGCUUCGAAUGCUCAUCAACAAUGCCGCAACGCUAAAAAGAAAGCGCCAAAAGUGGCACCAAAGGAUAUUCUUGCAAAAUAUCAGAAGUGGUUAAUGAUGUUGCGUAGGGUUUCCUUCAAGUUAGCUGUGGUAGAUUUGAAGGGAACUCUCCACAUGCCUGAAGUUCAUACAGAAAAAUUCGAAAGACAGUCCAUCAACAAUGUGGUGUCUAAUGCCGAGUUAAAAGCUUUCACCAUCAAGUCUUCAACAAAAAGUCUCUCUAAUUUGCUCAUGCAAAAGAAGUCUGGUUGUACCAAUAAUGUCUUCAGGAGCUACCUCAAAAUCAAAAACUUAUCUAUUGAUGUCGAGAAAAAUGCAUUACACCUCUCUCGUUGUAACGCCCUUGUCUCAUAUUGCGUGGAAGAAAAUCUGUAUCUGCUUAAUGUGAGGUACAAACGGCUUUGGAUAAAGUCUGUAAAUACAAUGAUUUUCCAUGUGAUUCGAAGAAUCCGAGAAGCCAGAAUUACCCAUAAAAAUUCUGCCUGUGCUCAAUUGUCCGUAUCGCAACAAGAGGGCCGAACCACCGAGGCUAAAAGUAUUCCCCAUACUGAGUCAGAGCUUCUAGACUUGUUUUCGAUUUUGCCUCCUAACAUUGGAUCCAUCAAGCUAAGAGGCUCCUACCUUCUGGCUUAUAUCAUUUGUAAUGAUAUGCUCCCCUCAUUUGAGUUCUACGAUAAGAAUUUAAACGAACAGGUGGAUUUAGGCAAAAUUAAAAGAGGUGUUUCCGUAUCGCUUGACGAGCUUAAUAUUCUCUACAAUAAGUUGGAUAAAGAUGUUCAGCUUUCAACAAAAAAUAUCGAAGCUAGCACUUUGAGUGACUCUUCCUCCGAGUUUAUACACGGACGAGGGGGAUACACCAACGAUGCUGAAGCUGAUGAUAUUUCAAGCAUUGAUUCCGAUCUCAACACUUUGAACUCGUUCAAUUGCGAGAAGGAAGUCAACAUAGUACAACAAGUUUUGACAAUUCCUGAUUGCAGUGUGACCAACUUGUCAGGUGAAAAUAACCGCAUGUUGCUUCUGAUACCGGAAAUUGACGCCAAAGUUGACAUCUUUUUAAUUUGGUGUGUUCUUUAUGCUCAGAUUCUUCUUGAAAUGGUUGCGCCAAAGAUUGAAAGAACUUUUACAGAAGAACAAGAAAAACAGUUGGAUAAUAAUUCAAAAUAUCUCUUGUUUGAUGUUCAUGUUUCCUCUUUGGCAGUGGUAGCCCAAAUACCGCAUGAUGUCGACGUUCUAUUCGAGCUUGAUAACGUAGACCUUACGAACAUUUUGAGGGCCCCUCAAUGCCAAAUAAACCACUGCAGGCUCUAUUGUAUAAACCCGAGUACGAAACUCUGGUCUCGGUUAUUUACAGUAUCUGAGUUUUCUGUGAACUUGGACGCUGCUUCGCAGUUGUCUAUAUCUCUAACUUCACGUACUGUCAGACUCAACAUUCCGUUCCAAUUUUUGGUAUACACCGUGAUCGAUAAUCUCAUCACCAUGGCAAAAGCUGCCCGGCAAAUCCGGCUCAACUUCAAAAAUUUGUCUCAGAGUAUCCAUGACUUCACAAGUUUCCCCGUUCAUACCAUGGAAGCUGUCAAAUUACCUCAUAUUCAAUGGAAAACCAAAACAUUUGGAUUGACGGUAGAAAAUGAUGCUUUUGAGACUGAGCUUGCUAUUAUCUACGAAUUGGGAAUGAUAGAGCAAAUUGAUCGCCAUAGAAAGAUGGCUUUGUUCGAAGCAGAAGCUCAAAAGGUUCGUGCAAAAGCUGCAGAUCGAUUAUCAAAAGAAACUCCUGAGCCAAAUAGGUUUGUUGCUCGUAGAAGAACACGGACUAACACGUCCAAGAAACUUACGGAGAUACUAACCCUUGGCCUACAAAAUCAUUGUCAUACCGAAGGUACCAAAGAACCACCAGUGCCUAUACAAGAAGAUCAAGAGUUAUCUAGUGAAUCGUUCGACAGUCCUAUAGCUUCGAGAGAAAUGGAGCCAGAAAAUGAGACAGAUAACGAGCCAGAAAAUCAGCCUAUUUUCACUGAAGAGUUGGCUGAGAAAGAGAUUGAAAUGGCCAGAGAUCGUUUGCUCGCUGAUUUUUCUUCGGCUUGGAUUCACAAGUAUCAAGUGUUCAAGAGAGCCAAGUUGAGACUAUGGAGAGCUCGUGGGGACAAGACCUGGGGCUCUGACCGUGUUCGAGAAUCUCUCGCUAAAAAAUAUUCAAUUCAAGAAUAUGCUCCUGGUCCACCUCAAAUGUACAUGAUUUUCAAAGACUUUGACAUCUCAGUACAAGAUCCAAAGCUCCCCGAUAUCCACGACUUCUUGCACAAGUAUGGCAAGGGUACCCCAAAGCUUGACUACUCUAUUCUUGUGCCAGCAUUAGUACAAAUCAAGAGUGCUUUUGUGUAUGCUGGUGCCAAGGACUUUUUAUUACCAAUUCUCUCAUUUCCUUUGAACAGCGAUUUUGGAAAACCUGUGUUUGAUUUCAAAGGAACCUUUGUGGUGAAUGAAAAGCUCGUUGCCAUUCCUGAGGAGCUCAGACAUAUCUACAUACCAUUCUCACCAGCUGUAGCGGAAAUCCAUCUUGAGAAUAACUUCUAUGGCUCUGAUGUUAUCAGAACCUUGACGCCAGUCAAAUUUAUGUUCCAAUUGGAUAUAAAUUUGACUACGGACAGAGCUUGUGUCAUGAGUUGGAAUAAAUCGUAUCAAUCUACCCUCCUGAGCGCAAUGCUGGCUCUUGAUAAUUUUACCAAACCGGAGAUAGAUGACAGUCCUCUUGGCUGGUGGGACAAGCUAGCCUUGAAUGCUCAUGGUAAGGUUCGGUUCAAUAUAAAGAAUGAACUCUGUUUGCAUAUCAAAAGCUCUCUUUCGCCGUAUGCCCUUUCAGCAGAGAAUUCUGGAUUCGUCUUUUCGUGGAAGGAUAACGUACAACUUAAGAUAAACGAGUCAGAAGAUCCGAAGGAGUUUUUACUCCUUGAAAGUGAUGGCUUCGUUUUGGGAAUACCGAAUUAUUCUCUUCCUGAAAGGGGGUCUUGGAGUCUUCUUUACGCAGAUCUAGAUGAGUUUACAGCCAAUGAUGACAUGGAAAGCCGAAAAUUCCAGAAGGAGGUCAUGAAAUUGACAUCUGAUGAACGAGUAGUCUGGAGACUUGGAGUUCUAUUCGAACGAAACGUCAAUGAGAACCUGGGUGAUUUGAGCGGAAAUAUGAAACGAACUAACAAGUUUAAGCCGCAUUGGGAUGUCUGCGUUACUGGCCCCAUGUACGAAUACCAUCCGGAUUCGUUCAUAGGUUAUCGCUCAGAGUAUCUUCAUUUUGCCGUGUCUGUCACCUCCAACUCAAAGAAAGGGAAUUCUUACAACUACGCAUAUCUAUCUCCAAUGACUAUGAAAUAUUUCUUUGUGUGGUGGAAUACUUUAACAGACUCUAUUUCAUUGCCAAUUCGUGAGGGACUGCUUUUCACUAGAGAAGCAAAGAAGUCUUCUUCCAUAAAAUUUGGACCUCACCUUUUCACAUUCAAGUAUCAAUUGAUUCUUGAACCACUCGUCAUAUCAUACAUGGUAUUGUCGAGUGGAAGUCAAGAACAGAAUCACAGGGUGAUUGGAACUGGAAUUAAAGGAAAGUUCUCCAGUUGCAUCAUCGAUCUACAUCAACGAAAAGAGGUGGCUAGAUACAUUAAUGACAAACUUGGAAUAGACAAGAAGGUCCGCAAAUUGAAAAUGAAUGCCGGUGAAAUUGACGUCUCUGAUGCAGAUAUACGAUUGGUUCAAGCUCAGUUCAGUGACGUUUCGCUUUAUGGAAAGCUCUUAUCCUAUUUUACGGGAGAGACUAAUACUUUGAUAGGAGUUGAUCUGUUCGCCAGUGAGAGACUGGCCCUGCGAGCAAUGCCACAUGGAUUACAUUUCUUUAAGGGAAAUACAGAUAGUGAUGUUGACUAUCUGUGGAUUGACUUAAAUGAUUUCGUCGAACUUGAGUAUGGCGAGAUUCUUUCACCAGACCCUCUGGUCAAAGUUGUUCCAUUUUUCCAAUAUCCAAAGCUUAAUUACUAUAGAGAAUUCACUACAGAAUCUCAAACCAAGUAUCCUUUUGGAAGUGAGCCCUCACACACUUGCAGAAUCGGAUCUAAUUCUCCGAGAAAAGUUCAAGCUGAUAUUCUUCUUCGCAAAGUCACGAAAACCAGGUCCGAAAUUACUCAGAAUGAAGCAGUUUUAGAACAUAUUCUUUCUCGAAACUCAUCGGAUAAUGCAGAGACCGUUUCGCUCAAGCAGGCAAUUGAUACAGGCAAAGCUAAGAUGGAGAAAUUACAGGUCAAGUACGAUACCUUAGCUGACACUACUUCUUAUAGAGCUGGUUCAAUUGACGAAGAAUCACUCAAAGACGGCACAUCUAUUUGCAAAUCUACGACUCAAUCUGAGUCCAUUCAUGAGAGCAUAAACUUAUUGGAAGCUGCAAGUGAAAUGACGAAGACAGAAGCUUCGAACAACGAAUACCACAAUAGGUUUUUGAUCCAUAAUUUGCGAAUGAAAUGGAACAAUGAAGUCAAAGAGUUCUUCACCACCUUCUUAUCACUUCUUGGAGACAAGAGAAGUAUUCAUUUGUCAAUGUCAACCAAAGCUGUCAAGUUGGUGGAGAAUAUUCUCAAAAACUUGCCAAAGGAUGAUUCAAAGGAAGCGCCAAAGCCGAUGCCAAAGCAAGCCCUCAAGUGCGGUGAUGAUGUCAUUCAAGCUUUUGAGAGCUACAUGAAUGAAGUGAAAUCACAUGAGCACGAAUUAGAGCAUAAUUACCUUGUUAAGUUCAUAAGACCUCAAAUUCAGCUACAAAGUGACGCUGAUCGAUCUUCAUGCACUAUUCUUACGGCUAAUGACAUUGAGCUUCGCAUAGCCUCGCUCAACAUUGAGGGAACAAGUGUUAUUAUACAUGAUGAUGCGAAAGAGAUGUCAUUAAUAGAGACAAGACAUGGUGUUUUACUCAAAGAUACGUUUGUUUAUGUUUUUGACUCCGCAGAGAAUCAGGGUCAGGAGACCCAUCCAGUCGAUUCAUAUUCCGGUGACACAUCAUCUUGGCCCCCUUGGAUUGAUGUUGAAGACUGCGAAGAAGGAACCUUGCAAAAAAAUCUAGUCGUAGAGAAGACAACGAUGGCAAUUUCCAUGACAAAGCCAAACAUGCUUUCAAUGGAAAUUUCACUGCAAAAAACUCGAUCUAGUGAAUUGGUUGUUCAUCUAGCAAAAAUGGUUAUAAAUGCAACAUCCUCGCAAUAUUCCGCAAUUUACUUCAUUAUGAUCGAUCUUAUUAUGGGCGGCAAGGAAACAAAGAAUUUCUUGAGGGAACGGGUCAAGCAAAUCAUUGCUGUUUCAGAAGUAUCUGAUUUUUUGGAUACUUCUAAAAAAUUGAAAAGUUUGCAAGAAAACAUUAAAGUGUGCAGACGUCUUCUUUUGAAGAUCAACGAGUACACUGGUGCCAUUUCUGACUUCCAUCAACGCGAACGUGACUAUUUACGUCUAGAAAUUGAGAAGAUGAAAAUUGAACUCAUCAUUUUAAUACGAAGUAUUGAGUUUAUUGGCUCCAAGAGUUCUACAAAGGCCGCAAUGAUGAAUUGGUCACUCAUGGCUGAUCAAAUCAUUAUCCAUUUGCUCAACGAUGACCGAGCUCCAUUGGUUGAUCUAGCGCUCGCAAGCUCGCAUUUCACUCGUGUCGAGGCACAUGACGGCUCAAAUUGGAAUCUGGUCGAGGUGUCUAUGAUGCAAGGGUUCAAUUUGCAACCAAAUACGCCUUACCCAGUUCUACUUAGUCCGUUGUCUCAAAAUGGCGAGACACCAAAGUACAUGUCGUCGAUGAUCAAGAUGAGUUGGCUUAUGCUUUCUCCUGUCGGAGGCAUAAGGGUGAUGAGUGAUGCAAAGCUUCAAAUCCAACCCUUGCACGUGCAAUUGGACUAUGAUACAGCAACAAAACUUGUAACUUACCUUUUCCCCAAGGAAGAUCCCACUAAAGAAAGUCCUGUCACACCAAAUUCAUCCAAUAGCGAUGGUUCUGACCCUGAUGAUGUGAGUUUCGAUAGCGCCAAUAGCUCUGCUAUAUCGAGCUCGCAAUUCGCGAACAAGUUCAGACAAAUUCUCCGAAAACGAGAUGACAGUACAGAUAUGAGCUCUGAACAUAGUGCUCGGAGUAGCCGUCAUCGUUCGAGCCCCAGCUAUGACGCAUCAGGUUCCAGAGGCAUGGAUUCCAAACCUGAUUCCAAGACUGAAUCAAGAUCUGAAUCCAAGACCGAAUCCAAAAUGAGCUCGCAAACAUCCCGUUCAACUGCGACGAAUUCAUCCAAAUGGAAGAAGGUGCUACUCAGAAAGUCAAGAGAGGAACACCACUCAGACGAGAUUCUGUUGAUCAUGAACAGGUCGUCCACUUAUUUUGUUGUGGGAGAUUUCCAGGUACUGAAAUUCAAACUCUGCCUUAGUUUCAGGGCGCCAAAACAUCUCAACAUUAUUGAUGUUCAUAAUCUUACGUUGUCGAUUCCUCGCAUUCACUAUUCAGACAAGACAUGGAGCAGUCAAGAUUUCAUUUCGCAACUACAAAAAGACUUGAUCAAAAUAGUUCUUGCCCAUACCGGUAAAAUUAUUGGCAAUAAAUUUCGACACAGGCAUCGCGAGGUUGGCUCUACACCCCUCAAGCAAAUUGCUAACUACUCACAGUUCAUGACUGUGUCUGAAUUACAAAGCGAGGGGCGGACUGAGGAUGAACGCCUCAACAGUCAAGGCAAUCUUAGCCGAUCUGCUUCAAAGAAAUAG